CUCACCUCAAGCAGCCUCAAGACCCAACAAAAAUGGCACCCAAGAAAGGAACUGGCAAGAAGCCCGCCGCCGCCCCCUUCGGCGCCAAGGCCUCCACGAAGGCCAAGAAGAACCCUCUCUUCGAGGCUCGCCCCCGUAACUUCGGUAUCGGCCAGGACAUCCGCCCGAAGACCGACCUCACCCGCUUCGUGAAGUGGCCCGAAUACGUCCGCCUCCAGCGCCAGAAGGUCAUCCUUGCCCAGCGCCUGAAGGUGCCCCCCGCGAUCGCCCAGUUCUCGCACACUCUCGACAAGAACACGGCGACGCAGCUGUUCAAGCUCCUGAACAAGUACCGCCCGGAGACGAAGCUCGAGAAGCGCACCCGCCUCGAGCAGACCGCCACUGAGGCCGCCGCCGACAAGGAGAAGAAGGAUGACACCAAGAAGCCUCUCUUCGUCAAGUACGGCUUGAACCACGUCGUUGCGCUCAUCGAGGCCAAGAAGGCGAACCUCGUCGUCAUCGCGCAUGACGUUGACCCCAUCGAGCUCGUCGUCUUCCUCCCUGCGCUCUGCCGCAAGAUGGGUGUCCCGUACGUCAUCGUGAAGGGCAAGGCCCGCCUCGGGACGGUCGUCCACAAGAAGACCGCCGCCGUCCUCGCUGUCCAAGACGUCAAGUCCGAGGACCAGCGCGAGCUCGCCACCCUGGUUUCCGCCGCCAAGGCUAACUUCUCCGACAAGUACGAGGAGCAGCGCCGCCAGUGGGGCGGUGGUGUCCGUGGCUCGAAGUCGACCCAGAUGCUCCGCAAGCGCGCGAAGGCUGCUGGCCAGAACAUCAACGCCGCCACCGUCAACAAGCUCUAAGUUGUUGACCCGCACUCGGUCUAGGCUGUCGGUUAUCUUGAGGUUGUUUAUGGGGGCCAUCGUCCACUUAUGCUUUUGUAUGCAACAUCAUAUGUCUAUGUAACACCGCUGCUGCAUUCAGCACACCAUC